CGGCGUCUUUGCACCCCAAGCCACUGUACGACUCGGACCGCGUCAUUUUUCGCUGAACUGGAAUCGGCGUCAGUGCCCCUACCAUCUCCACCCUCCGCACUUCUGAUUGGCUGUCUGCGGCCUGGGACGCUUCCAGUGGACCAAUGGUGGCCUGAAGAGAGAAGACUGGCUGCUUUGGGGCAACGCCAGUGAAGUGACUGCAUUGGGAUCAUAUGCAUCCCAGAGUUUGCGGGGACCAAGGAUGGGGCCCACUUCCCAAGACCCAGAUGUGGGCCAGCAAGAACCAGAACCAGCAAGGAGUUGCCUAGAUCCUGCCUAAGAGGACCAGCUGCAUGGCCGGAGCCAGCUCGAGUUACCACCGCCUUUGCUACCCCACUUGUAGAGUCCUGGGGUAAAACAGGCAGGGGCAGCCUGCAGGGCACACAGAGGUCACCUGGAGGGAAAGCCUGCUGAACACAGCUGCGGUUUUCCAGCACUUACCCAGAGGAAAAGGAGAACUUAUGGAUCCUUAAGUCAGCAGGACCCGGGAUAGCCACUAUUACCUGUCCAGGAAGGCCCCGUCUUGUGCAGGGGUGCUGCCCAGAGCCUCCAGAACUCAAUGGAGGAGGAAAUGGGGGAGACACCAGGACUGGGCAGAUCUGCUGCUCCCAAGGACUUCCACUUUUAUCACAUGGAUCUAUACGACUCUGAAGACAGACUGCCCAUCUUCCCAGAAGAAAACACUCGGAUGGGAAGAGAAGCAGUCCAAGCUGAAAUGACCAAUGAGCCCAGAGGGGCUGUGAAAGGGAAGACUCAAAGAGACCUUGAAGAGGAAGUGGAUGAGUUUGUCCAUUUAUACGGACUCGAAGAUGAUCACGAAUUAGGGGAUGAGUUUAUUGAUGAAACCAUGCCCAGAAUAGAGGUUUCGGAAUAUCCUCCUUACGUGAUGACAGGGAUAGAACCUGCCAAGGAGCAGAGAGACUGGAGACUUAGUGGUGAGGCUGCUAAGGCUGAGGACCUGGGCUUCGGGGGAUGGGGCUCAGCAGGCCAGUGCCAGGACUUGCGGGAAGCCUACAGGUACGCCCAUGGCCGUGCCAGCGAGGAAUAUGAAUGCUAUGUCAUCCCAGAGGAGGAGGACGAAGAGGAAGCUGCUGACGUCUUCUGUGUCACUUGCAAAACCCCCAUAAGAACGUUGGAGAAGGCUUUUGAUGAACACAAGGAACAUGAGGUGACGCCACUCAACAAAGCACUGGAAAGCGCCAAGGAUGAAAUCCACAAAAACAUGUUCAAACUGGAGAAGCAGAUUAUUGAGAUGGAAAAUUUUGCAAGUCACUUGGAGGAAGUUUUCAUCACCGUGGAGGAGAAUUUUGGAAGACAAGAAAAAAACUUUGAGUCACAUUACAAUGAGAUCUUGGAAACACUUGCUCAAAAAUACGAAGAAAAAAUACAAGCCCUAGGGGAGAAAAAGAAAGAGAAGCUGGAAGCCUUGUAUGGACAGCUGGUCACCUGUGGAGAAAAUCUUGAUACCUGCAAAGAGCUGAUGGAAACAAUAGAGGAGAUGUGUCACGAAGAGAAGGUUGAUUUCAUAAAGGAUGCUGUGGCUAUGGCUGACAGACUCGGAAAAUUCCUCAAAACCGAAACGGACGUGGAAAUCUCGGCACAGCCUGACUUUGAAGACCAGACCCUGGACUUCUCUGAUGUGGAGCAGCUGAUGGGCUCCAUUAACACCAUCCCAGCUCCUUCUGCUCCAGUGAUAAACCCACAGGCCCCCAACUCAGCCACGGGUUCCUCGGUCCGAGUGUGCUGGAGCAUAUACUCCGAUGACACCGUGGAGAGCUAUCAGCUGUCCUACCGGCCAGUGCGGGACAGCUCACCUGGGAGGGACCGAGCAGAGUUUACAAUGACCGUCAAAGAAACCUAUUGCUCAGUGACAAAUCUUGUGCCAAAUACCCAGUAUGAAUUUUGGGUCACAGCUCAGAACAGGGCUGGCCUCAGCCCCGCCAGUGAGUGUGCAGUAUACAUGACAGCGCCUUCUCCCCCCAUUAUAAAAAGCAAAGAGAUAAGGAGCUGCGAAGAGGCUGCACUGAUCUGCUGGGAGUCUGGGAACCUGAAUCCUGUGGACUCGUACACAGUGGAGCUGACCCCAGCAGAAACGCCGGAAGCCUCAGGCGUAACUGAGUCUGUGGUGGGCAUCCCGACCUGCGAGUGCCUGGUGCAGCUGCAGCCCCGGCAGAGCUACGUGAUCUCCGUGCGAGCCCUCAACGUUGGGGGCCCCAGUGCCAGGAGCGAGCCCGCGACGGUCCACACCACAGGCAGCUACUUUCCCCUGAACGAGCACACCUGCCAUCCCUGGCUGACCGUUUCUGAAGAUGGGCUUACAGUUGUACGAAGCGCCAGGAAAGCCCCCACCAAGGAGCCGCUCCCCAGCGACACCCGGUUUAGCAGGUGUGUUGCUGUCAUGGGAAACCUGAUUCCAGUCCGAGGGCGCCAUUACUGGGAGGCGGAGGUGGACGAGUGUUUGGACUACACGGUGGGUGUGGCCUUUGAUGAUGUUCCUAAACAGGAGGACCUGGGAGCAAACCGCCUCUCCUGGUGCAUGAGGCACACAUUUGCAUCAGCAAGGCAUAAGUAUGAAUUUCUACACAACAAGACGACUCCAGAUAUAAGAAUAACGGUUUCCCCGAGGAAGAUUGGCAUUCUAUUAGACUAUGAAAAUUCAAAACUGUCAUUUUUCAACGUGGACAUUUCUCAGCAUCUGUACACUUUCAGUUGUCAGCUUCGUCAAUUUGUGCAUCCCUGUUUUUCUCUGGAAAAGCCUGGGUGUCUCAAGAUACACAACGGCAUUUCAAUGCCAAAGCAUGUCACCUUCUAUUAGACUGUUCUGAUGCCCAGCUUCCCGUCUCUCCUGUACCCAGCCACUCACACCUCAGCCGUCUGAACCUGGCAUUCAAGCCCCACGCACGCAGCAUCAUUUAUGGCUCCUGUUGUGACCUGGCAGGCUGGGGUGCUGGCACUCAGGUCACCUGACCUGGAUCCUGAGAACUACCACCCAUGUGAUGCUGGGUCAGUCAGUUCCAGGCCCGGCUGUAAAAUGAAGACUCAGACUGAACAAACUCAAAGGUCUUUCAGGCUAUCAGAUUGUACUGGUCUAUUUGUGUAUAUGCAACAUAUCUGAGUCUCCAAGGCCUAUGGCACGUGGGGAAGAAGGAGGGAGGAGAUGUGUAAGUGUUAGUGGCUCCAGCCACCCCAGCACACUCGUGACAUUUCACUAGUCAGCCAAGAACAGACCUGAGGAGGCCAGAGGCCACCCACCAGGCAGUCAUGUGGCCUCUCCUGUUUUCUCAAUAGUCAUGGCACUCUAGUAAGGUUUUGCCCACUGAACACUCUUUCCACCCACCCGUUCUCUCCUUCACAGUACUUACUCCCUCUAAUUUUGAAAUGACCUUGACAAAUUCCACGAAGGUAGGACAGUGUCUGUCUUGUUCAUCACUCAGUCCCCAAGGGCUAACAUGUGCCCCAAGGGCACACUAAGUGUUGAAUAAACGCACAUCUUCCUCA